AUGAGUUCAAAUGGACCAGAUCCAGACACUCUUUCAUGGGCUAUCUCCACAACACUUAAGACACUUCAUGCCACAAAAUCCACCCAAAUUCAAAAGGAAAAUUUCAACAAGCUUUCAUCUUACUUGGAGAAAAUAACUCACAUUCUACAAGAACUCACAAACUUUGAGAUCAAUGACUCCGGAAGCUUAAAAAACGCUAUUCAUGUUCUUACUAAACACGUUUCAGAAGCUAACAAUCUCGCUCUCGAAUGCACCAACAGGAACAAAAUCUACCUCUUGCUAAACUCAAAAAAACUCGUUAAAACCUUAGAAAAUAUCACGAAAGAGAUGGCAAAUGCUCUAAACCUUCUUCCUAAUUUCAUCUCCUUCAAUGGCCUCAGCCAAGACAUCAUCAAGCUAUCCAACAUCAUGAUGGAACCAAAGUAUCAGGAAACAGUAAGAGAAGAUGAAAUCAAAGAGAGAAUCGAAUCAGGGAUAAGAGAGAGAAACGUCGACAGAGCUUACGCCAACAGUUUACUCGUCUCCAUUGCUGACGUCAUCGGGAUCUCCACAGAGCAGUCGGUGUUGCGACAGGAAUAUGAAGAAUUCAAAAACGAAAUGGAAACUGUGGGUCCGGCAGAAGACGUGGCGGAGGUUUUACAAGUCGAACAGAUCGUGGCGUUGUUAGGGAAAGCCGAUAUCAUCGCAACUCUAGAAGAACGUGAAAAGAAGUAUUUUAGUAAGAGAAACUCGUUAGGGCGGCAACCGUUAGAACCGCUUCAAUCGUUUUACUGUCCAAUCACUGGCGACGUGAUGGAAGAUCCGGUGGAAACGCCGUCGGGGCAUAGCUUUGAGAGGUACGCGAUUGAGAAGUGGUUGGCAGAAGGGAAUAAUGGUUGUCCGAUUACGAAGACGCCGUUGAAAGCAUCGGGCUUGAGGACUAAUAAGACGCUUCGUCAAUCGAUUGAAGAGUGGAGAGAUAGAAACACGAUGAUUUUUAUUGGUUCUAUGAAGUCGCGGAUUCUUUCUAAUGAGGAGGAAGAAGUGAUAGUGUCGUUAGGGAAGCUUCGAGAUUUGUGUUUGGAAAGAGAGCUUCAUCAAGAAUGGCUGAUGAUGGAAGACUACUUGCCUGUUCUUCUUUCGCUUCUUUCUACCAAGAAUUUUAAAAUUAGAUCGCAUGUACUCGUUAUUCUUCGCAUCCUUGCAACCAACAACGAUGACAGGAAGGAAACCAUAGCUAAAACGGAUGAUGGCAUCAAAUUGAUUGUGUGUUCUCUAGCACGAAAGAUCAAAGAAAGUAAGUUGGCAUUGCAAUUGCUCACGGAAUUAUCAGAAAAUGAGGUGGCAAGAAACAUAAUUGGGAGUAGUCAAGGUUGCAUACUUCUUCUUGUUACCAUAUCUGGUAGCGAUGAUCCUCAAGUUGCCAAUGACGCCAAAAAACUCUUGGAUAAUCUCUCUUUUCUUCCUCAAAAUAUCGUGCAAAUGGCCAAAGCUAAUUAUUUUGAACCUCUACUUCACCUUCUUUCUUCAGGGUCUGAAACUGUUCAACGGGAAAUGGCGGAUACAUUAUCAGAAGUUGAGAUGACAGAUCAUGGAAAACUUACAGUUUGUGAAAGCGGAGCAGUAGAGUCGCUUGUUGCUAUGCUUUCUCACGUUGAUAUAGAGAUGAAGAAGGCUGCCAUUUUAGCCCUGGAAAAGCUCUCAGGUGUGCCACAAAAUGGAUUAAAAAUGAUCAAACAAGGUGCAGUGGAUCUGUUGUUUGGAAUACUCUUCCGUGAAAGCUUAUCAAUGCCGAUUCUGGUUGAAAAGGUCGUAGCCACAAUUAUGAACCUGGCGUUAUCGUUAACUUCCGGUGAACUAGAUCAUCAGGAGAUACCAUUUCUGGAAUCGGAAGAAGAUGUUUUCAAAUUAUUCUCUCUCAUCUCGUUAAACGGACCAAAUGUUCAACAAAGUGUUCUUCGAACGUUCCUUGUAGUUUCUCAAUCUCCUUCAGGUUCAAACAUCAGGAAAACUUUACGGAAGAUUUCUUCGGUUCAAGUACUGGUUCAGUUAUGCGAGCACGAAAAUCUAGCCGUCCGAUCAAACGCCGUGAAGCUGUUCUGUGGUUUGAUAAAAGACGGGAGUGAGAAUGACGAUACAUUUCAGGAACACGUUGGGCCUAAAUGUGUGGAGACUUUGUUGAGAAUCAUAACAACUUCGGAUAAAGUUGAAGAAGGCGUCGCUUCAAUGGAAAUCAUCUCUAACCUUCCAAAAAACCCUAAAAUGACGCGAUGGAUUCUCGAUGCCAGAGCACUCGAAUUGAUCGUUUCCAUCCUCACCAAUCGAUUUCAGAAACCGGAAAUCAUGAUCGAAAGUGCUUCCGGAGCUCUUAGUCGAUUCACCGUUUCAUCAAAUCCAGAUCUGCAAAAAAAAGUAGCGGAAACCGGGAUUAUCACUACGCUCGUACACUUGCUUGAUUCUGGAAGUUCUUUGACUAAACGGAACGUAUCAGUUUCACUCCGGCAGUUCUCCGAGAGCUCCAGCAGCUUGACCCGACCCGUGAAGCCGAAAUCAAGUUUAUUUAGCUGUUGUUUGGCGUCACCGGAGUUAGGAUGUACUGUUCACUCCGGAAUUUGUGCAAUCGAUUCCUCGUUUUGUCUUCUCGAGGCUAAUGCUGUAAAUCCGCUUGCGAAAGUGCUUGAUGAAGCUGAUGUUGGAGCAUGCGAUGCUGCUCUUGAUGCGUUGUUGACUUUAAUCGCCGGUGAGCUGUUGCAGAAGGGUAGUAAGGUGUUGGAAGGUGGUGAUGUGAUUGCGAAAAUGGUGAAAUUGUUGAGUUCGGCGGAUGUGAGGUUGCAGGAGAAAGCACUUGUUGAGUUGGAGAGAAUAUUCCGGCUGCCGGAAUAUAAACAGAAGUAUAAAUCAUCGGCACAGAUGCCGUUAGUUGAGAUUACACAGAGAGGUAGUAGUGGUAUGAAAUCUAUUGCUGCUAAGAUUUUGGCUCAUUUGAAUGUGCUUAAUGAACAAUCCUCUUUUUUCUGAUCAAUUCUGCUCAGGUUUGGUGUAUAAAUUUAAUUUUGAAAAUUUAUUGAUGUAUAGGUAAAUUUGUUCAAAAAUGCAUGGAAAAACUUAAAUGUGA